AUAAACAAGGUUCACGAAGUUGGUUAAGUCAUUCGCCGCUCAGGUACGGUCAAUGAAUGUUUUUUAAACGGUAGUGAAAGUUUGUGACUGAAAUAAUAAUAAACAUGGUAACGUUACAGCAAUUACGUGAGGUAUUAGUUGAAAACAACCAAUCGCAUCUUCUUCAUUUCUACGACGAUCUUAACGAUGAAGAAAAACAGAAAUUAUUAGCCCAACUUUCAAAUAUUAAUUUCAGUGAAGUGAAUCAACUAUUCAAAAAUGCGAUGGAAUCCCUUAACGAACAGGGCGUCAAACUGGAUAGUAAGAUGAAACCGGUACCCAGUCACACUUUUGAAUCCGAGGAAAGUAUAAAUUCCGAAUUACUUGCUCAGUAUAAAAAAUUGGGCUUAGAAGAAAUAUCGAAAGGUCACGUUGCAGUUCUACUAAUGGCAGGAGGUCAAGGUACCAGACUAGGUGUAAACUAUCCUAAAGGAAUGUAUUCAGUUGGUCUACCUUCAGGGAAAACCCUUUUCCAAAUACAAGCGGAACGUAUCAAAAAAGUUAUGAAUUUGUCUAAACAACAAACUGGAACCGCGGGAAAUAUCGUAUGGUAUAUAAUGACAAGUGGUCCCACUGAUAAAACAACUGAAAAGUUUCUCAAAAAUAACGACUAUUUUGGGCUCAAUAAAAACGAUGUGGUGCAAUUCAAACAAGGUCUAUUACCAUGCUUCGAUUUCGAUGGUAAAAUAUUUCUAGAAGAUAAGAAUACAGUGGCGUUAGCACCAGAUGGUAACGGAGGUAUUUAUAGAGCUCUGAAGAAUAAUGGUAUACUAGAAGAUAUGAAAGUACGAGGUGUUAAAUAUUUACAUGCUCAUAGUGUCGAUAAUAUUUUGGUUAAAGUAGCAGAUCCCGUGUUUAUCGGUUAUUGUGUUAAAAAGGGAGCAGAAUGUGGCGCUAAAGUUGUAAAAAAAUCUGGACCCAACGAAGCUAUAGGAGUGGUAUGUCAAAUCGAUGGUAAAUUUCAGGUUGUUGAAUACAGUGAAAUCACCGAAAAAACCGCAAAUUUAAGAGACGAAGAAGGAAAUUUGAUAUUCAGCUCAGGUAAUAUUUGUAAUCAUUUCUUCUCUACGGAUUUUUUGAAUAAAAUAGCCGACAGAUUCGAAAGUCAACUAAAAUUACACGUGGCAAAGAAAAAGAUUCCACACGUGAAUCAACGAGGUGAAAACGUUAAACCGUCUACACCCAACGGAAUUAAAAUCGAAAAAUUCGUUUUCGACGUUUUCGAAUUCACAAACAAAUUCGUGACAUGGGAGGUGCCCCGUCAUAGUGAAUUCAGCGCUCUUAAAAAUGCUGAUAAUCCCGAAGGUACAGCUGUUGACUGUCCCACUACGUCUAAAAGAGAUUUGCUGAGAUUACACAAAAAGUAUAUCGAAAAUGCGGGCGGGAAAGUGACAACUAACGAAGUAGAAAUUUCCCCGUUGCUAUCGUACGCUGGUGAAAAUUUGGAAAUCAGAGUGAAAGGAAAAGUGUUCGAUAAAAAAACUGUGAUAUUAUCCGACGAAGAACAGUUAUUUAUGAAUAAUAAUAAUACCAUUGAUGGACCUGUUAUUUCUAACGUUGUAGUUAGAUGAGGAACAUCUACCUGAAGAUGCCAGUACCUAUCAGUAAAAAUGCAUUGUUUAGAGAUCAAAGUUUUAGCUGUUUUGAACCCUUAGUUUCUGAGUGAAGAAUUAUUCUUGCGCAAAGUAUCCGAGCGUUGUGUACUGUGUUAUUUCAUUUUGGACGAAGAGCGCAAUUCUCAAGAAUUAUUGGUGCGGUUUCAGUAGAAUGAGUUGAAUGUUUUAAAUUUAUAACUGUUGAGAAGAUCUGCAUCCUUCGCUCCACUUAUUUAUUGAAAGAGGUGCUUAACGAACUGCGAUUCGAAAACAAUGCGAAGGUAUGUGCGAACGGUUUCUUGACAAGCCUAGAGAUUUUUACGACAAAAGCAUCUGAAAGCUUCUCGGGAGAGGCAGCGUAUGUAGAAUGUAACGGAGACUAUCGAGCAAACAAUUUCAGCUCUGUAACUCAAUAAUAAAAUUUUUUAUUGCAAAACACCUGCUUAUAUUU